GGAAUCGCGGGUCGGCUUCGAGAUUGAGAAACGCCGCGAUACGGUCCGCGUGCACGCUUCGCGAGUACCGGGGCCGUUGAUCAGCGAUCGUUCCCUCCGAUCGACGAUAUUUCCGCGUAGUCUGUUUCGAACUCGAAACUCGCGAAAUCUCUAAAUCGAGUUUAAUCCCGACAGCCUUACCGGAAGUCGGAAACGUUAUAAUGCAUCGCGACGCUCGUGGGAAGUUCAGUGGCACGCGGUUGGGGAAUUGAAUCGGGAGAAGCGAUCGAGCCGGCAUCCGUGGAACCUCGACGCCAGUGAUAUGGAGAUUACCUGAGUCGACGCGAGCCUCGUCGUCGGAAUUUUAUGGGAUUUCAAUCGUCGGGAUUACCGCGCGUCGCUCAGAAAUUAAGUUACGGGGCUGGAAAGCCUGCCGAUCGAUGCUGCUAGUCGCUCGAGAGGAGAGAGUCUCAACGCGCGAGAGAGGAAGGCGAACCUAGAGAAAGUGAAGCGAAAACCGAAGUAGGUGUUUGACGACCUCACGUGCGUCGAGGUUCGCCGAGGUCGUCGACGGUAUCUUGUGGACGGUGACGCGUGACCUUCGACUAUGGUUCACGCGUCGGCGACCGAUGCGCUCGAUGCCGGUCUAUCAACCCUCGAAGACUCGAACGGGACCGCGGACUCAUUAAAGAAGGUUAAAGGAAUCGAUAAAUCGCGAGACGAUUCGCGUUAGGAACGUUUGGCGAGUUGCAUUAGGGAUUUCGAGGACGACUCGAUCUCCUGCCGGCUAAUUGGCUUCGCUUAUCUUUCGUAAGUGCCGCGGUGAGAGCCGUUUAACAAGGCUAUUGGCGCGUUUCGCGUCUGCCCUUGUAUCAAAGGUUGAUUGGUCAGCCUGCACGUUCAAUUUGCUACGCGCAUUAAUCUCCGUGUAUUGGCUGCUGAAACCCUCGCACGAAAUGGAUAUGUUUCGAUCAUUAACGGGUACGACUCGAUCAGCGUUUCAGUGCUCGAAAUUCGGAAGACGGUUUGCCUUCAAAGACGUCGAAGAGGAAUAAUCAGCGUACCUUUGUGCCAAUUUGUACACGGUUGAUUCGAGCACCGAGAUAUAACAGACGUUUGAUUGUUCGUCUUUUGGAUGGUUAAACAUCGAUUAAACAAAUUGAUCUUCGUAAUAUCGGACCACGGCGCCUGUAUUUCGACUCUAUCCGCGUGUAAAUCUCGCUUACGCGUGUCCACGUGUUUAAACGUCUCGCAAGGUGAACGAUUAAGGAGACUAGCUGCGAAUAAAUUUCAUCUUCCUACGCGCUGGAGGCGGUGGGUUUAAUUCGAGAAAGUGUGAUCAUUGGGGGCGGUGAUGAGGAAAUUCCGUCGAGCAGGAAAAGGAGCGGAUCGAGGACGUCGUUUCCACGUGGCUAUGAUUGUGUCCCGGAUCGGAAUGUAAUUUUAGUCAAUAGAUUCCCGACACCGCCGAAGAGGGACCUCCACCCAAUACCUUGCGACUCGUGUCCGCGUGACGGUCUCGACAUUACAGGCAUUUAUCGAACCACGUAAACAAAGUUAAAGCGAUUUCGAUAACUUCGGAUAUUGGAGACAAAGAAUCGCGAGCCGCGCCAAUCAUGCCUCGGUCGCGUCAGACACCCUUAACGAGAACCAAACGUCCUCGUACUUGAGCGAAGUAUCAUUUUACCACGACCAGGGUAGUCGAUCGUUUUUAAUUACCUUUAAGCAGUAGACAAUCACCGAUGUCCGUCGUCUUGAGAACCUAACGACGGACCAAAUGUAUCAUGCAAUCCCUGAUUCUGCUCUAAGCGAUCGGAAAGUCGAUACGUGGACAUCGAGGACGUGAGAAGAAGGAUUCGUUCAGCGUUCUGGCUCGAUUUCUGCAGCGGUAGGAACGAGAACGAGCCGAGUCGAGGUCACUUAUGAUGGGCUGCAGAUCGGCAGCUAAGUCGAAGGCGGAGGAAGGGUGCGGUCGCGGGCAGCUCGAGGCGGCUUCCUCGUCACCGAGGUGUACCGAGGUCAUCGAGCUUCCCAGCGAGACGACGAUCGUUCAGAAGCGGGAGGACCGCGGUUCGAUCAGCGCCGGUGAAACGGACGAGGAAGAGGAAGACGAAGAGCAGCGGACGUGGUGGUUCGAGGAAAACGAAUCAGAGUCCAGCAGGUAGCUGCCAAGUGAGGAUGCAGAGGCUGCGCUCGACCUUCAAGAGGUCGCGCACCCCGACGGGAGCCGAGAUGAAGUCGCAAUCGAGCCUCGAGGUGCCGAAGCAGAUCAGGUCCGCCUCGUUCGACGAGAUCCAGCUGGAGGCUAAACGCCAGGACGACGUCAGGGACGCCAGGUCCACCAGGACCACCUCGUCCUCGUCGUCCUCCUGCUCGCCGGCCAGAUCGCAGGAUUCCUCGCGCGGGAGACGCGCGUCGACGCUGAGGGUGCCGCAGCUGCAGAGCGGUCAGCGUUCGAAGAGCUUCGAUGUCUGCGAGAGAAGCUAUGGCUCGUCCUCCAGCCAGCAGUCCCUCGGCGGCGUACGACGACCGGAAACGCCGACGAUACAGGUGCCCGGCUGCUACCACUGUGCCUGCGUCGAGGAGCACAAGAGCCUGUACUCGAGCAGGGAGGAAGACGAUCCCUCGUCGAGGGAGGACGAGGCGGCGGAGGACGCGAACGACACCUCGGACGACGAGGACUCCGAGUUGGAUCCGAAGAGCGAGGGCAGCCCGGAGAUCAGGGUCACGCUGAUGACGUUCAACGAGAAGGAUCUCGACGAUCGGGACGCGACGACGGACACGGCGCCACCCGCUGUUCCGGAAAUCGGUACGGAGGUUGCCCAGGAGAACGUCGAUACCAGAGACGUAAGGGGCGGCUUGUUUCCGGAGAGACAACGCAGAAGGUCGAUCGCCUCGCCGAAGCUCGCGCGACAGGAGGCUCUGACCUCGUAUCCCGUCGAGCUGCCCACGGUGGUCAGCUCGACGGAGGACGAGGAGAAACCGGAGGAGGAGGAGGACGACGACGACGAGGAGGACAACGUCGGCGCCAGCAAGUGCAAGUUCGUCGUCAGGGACAUAUUUCUGACGGUCCCGGAGCUGAAGAGGGACCGGGCCGCGUCCGUGGACUCCUGCUUUAACAGCAAAAACGGGAACGGCGAGGACGCGGACACCCUGACCGUGCCGCAGCAGAACAUACGCUCGAAGAGCGUCGAUAUCGUUCUGCCCACCGAGGCGCAGACGAGGUACACGGCUCUGCUGCCCGGCACCGAGGCUCGACCUACAAGAGGAGGGAGAGAAGAGGGCGGAACGAGUGGCGGCCACCGUGAACCUCGAUCGACGCCCGAUUGGGGUCCUGGUGCAAUUAAUGGAGAACAUCUUUGGGUACCAACGUCAGCUUCCGGUGAUUUCUGCUACGUCAACGACUGCUCGAAACACGGACCUCGAAUGAAAUGCGCCGCGUGUAGAGUGGUGGCCCACGCAGUGUGCGCGGUCAGUUUAAAUUUCGCCUGCAAAUCGAGUUUCCGGGACGUGGGCGUCCGACAGUAUCGCGAGCAGACGAACACGCUCCACCACUGGGUCCAUCGUCGAUCGCAGAAGGGAAAAUGCGGGAAUUGCGGCAAGUCGUUUCAAUCGAAGCUGAGCUUCACGUCGAAGGAGAUCGUCGCGGUGAGCUGCAGCUGGUGCAAGGUCGCCUACCACAACAAAGAGGCGUGCUUCAACGUGCAGAAGAUCGGUGAGAACUGCGAGCUGGGCGCCCACGCGUCCAUAAUCGUGCCACCCUCUUGGAUCGUGAAGCUGCCCAGAAAGGGUAGCUUCAAGAGCAGCCUGAGGAAAUCGCCGCGGAAAAAGAAGUCCGGCGAGGGCAGGAAGAAGUCGAAGGACAAGGACAAGGAGCAGGAAAAAGAUCAGGGGCUGUGGGUGGUGAAACCGAUACCGACCGCCACCGUGAAGCCGGUGUUGGUGUUCAUUAAUCCCAAAUCCGGCGGUAAUCAAGGAGCCAAGUUGUUACAGAAGUUCCAGUGGCUCUUGAACCCGAGGCAGGUCUUCGAUCUCACUCAGGGUGGACCUAAAAUGGGGCUGGAGUUGUUCAAGACAGUUCCUAAUCUUCGCGUUCUCGCCUGCGGGGGCGACGGUACCGUCGGUUGGGUGCUGUCGAUACUGGAUCAAAUCGGUGCAUCGCCGCCGCCAGCGGUCGGAGUGCUUCCACUUGGCACUGGAAACGAUUUGGCCCGAGCCUUGGGAUGGGGCGGCGGUUAUACGGACGAGCCAAUCGGGAAAAUCUUGUCGAAUAUCGGCGAGAGCGACACUACGCUGCUGGACAGGUGGCAGCUGGUCGUCGAGAGAAAUCCUGACGCUCAGGGCGAUGACGACAACGGCAAGGGCAAAGAGAAUCUGCCUCUGAACGUCGUUAAUAAUUACUUCUCCCUCGGCGUGGAUGCUUACAUCGCCCUCGAAUUUCACGAGGCCCGAGAGGCGCAUCCGGAGAGGUUCAACUCUCGACUGCGAAACAAGAUGUAUUACGGGCAGAUGGGCGGCAAGGAUCUCGUGCGACGGAAAUGGAAGGAUCUCUCGGAAUUUGUGACGCUGGAUUGCGACGGCCAGGACAUGACACCGAAAUUGAAGGAGCAUCGCGUUCACGCCAUAGUCUUCCUGAAUAUUGCCUCUUACGGUGGCGGAACGCAUCCAUGGGGCGCGACCAGUGGAACCAAGGAACCAUCGACAGACGAUGGUAUGAUCGAGGUGGUCGGUUUGACGACUUACCAGCUUCCGCUUCUUCAAGCGGGUGGGCACGGUACUUGCAUAGCUCAAUGUAGCGCGGCUAAGCUGGUUACCACGAGGACCAUUCCAAUGCAGGUUGACGGAGAAGCCUGUCGUCUGCUGCCAUCCAUCAUCGAGAUGAAACUGCUGAAUAAAGCGACGAUGUUGGCGAAACGAAGAAACGCCGGCAAGCCGCAGCAGGACGUCGUUCAGUUGGAGAGAUUGAAAUUGCCGGUGAUGAAGAUAAAGAUGUCCGACUACGAGAGGUAUCAUCACGAUAAGGAUAUGUUGAAAAAGUCGGCGACGACGUGGAUAUCGGAUCCCCUCGAUCUCGACGCCACCACGGAUCUCGAAUCGUUGAGGAAAAUACUGGCGAAGGAUCACAACAUGGACGCGUGUUGCUUCCUCGACUCUUGCACCGCGGAGCGGUUCUUCAGGAUCGAUCGGGCCCAAGAGCAGCUCCACUACGUCACCGACGUGGCUGUAGACGCGGUUUACGUCCUCGAGGAGACCGUGGCCAAUCAAUCAUUGGGCGAACCCGAAGAAACGAAGCUUUCUCCGAACCAGGAACCGAAAACGGCUCAGCCGUCGCCGAGCGAAGAACGACCAAAGACAAAUGCAGCCAUGACAGAAGAGCCGGCUAGAGACGAACCAGCCGAAAAAGCACCAGCUGAAGAAGAACCAGCUAAAGAAGAACCGAAUGCGCGACCGAAUCCGGUACCGGAGAGUACAGCGCCAAACGAUCAAGACUCCGCGAAGUCUCAGGGAUCGAUAAGCAAAAGUGCAACGAGUAGCGAACCAAAGAAUGCAAGGAACGGGGAGAAAGCGUCGGUUAACGCGAACAGAGUAGCUGAAGACCCUAUAAAGCAAAGUAGUUCCUCGAAAUCGAUCUCUGCGACGGUUGUCGGUCAAUCGCAACAUCAGGCACCACUUACCUUCAUUAGUCCACGUGAUAGGCUUUUCGGUCUGAGUUCUGAGGUCCACUCCUUUAGCACGGGAUUACUCGAGAAAACCAGCGACGGCAUCCUGAAAGCGGCGAAAAUCGGCGAUUUUCAGGCUCUUAAGGAUCUCCACUCCAAGGGAUACUCUCUCUUGUCUAUCGACGCCACUGGACAAACUGCUCUUCAUCUGGCCUCCAGGCAUGAUCACAGGGAUAUCGUCAGAUAUCUCAUUGCUUGCGCACCAUCGACCAUUCUCAACAUGAUUGACAACGAUAAAGGUCAGACCGCUUUGCAUAAAGCGGCUCAAUAUAAGCGUCGUUCCAUUUGCUGCAUGUUAGUAGCAGGCGGUGCUAGUUUAACCAUCGCGGAUCGACGCGGCCACACGCCUCGUGAUCUUGCACUGCAAGCGGAGGACCGCGACCUCGCAGCAUAUUUAUAUAGUCAAGAGCAGUUCCAGCUGACAACGGAAGAAAUGGAGAAUGCCCUUUGACCUCCGAUCGUAAUUGGCAGGGCCUGAGCCAACCCUAGGUGAAUCUGCCGUCGUUGGAAUCCGGAGGAACCCUAGUUCACGACGAUCCACCCCGAUCGUCGCGUAAACCGCGCGUAUUUUGACGACGAUCUCUCGCGUAAGUCGCAACGUGAUAAAUCGAUAUUCUUCUUCGAUAAUUUAGGUAAUGCGUAUUUUACCAGGUGCUCUCCAAAAAAGAAAAAAAAAAAAAGUGUCUUUUUUUUCUCAUCGAAACCUCGAGAUCACUUUCCACGAGCGUGUUAACGAUACAUUAUACAUACGUAGGUAAUUCCGCGCUACACGUACGUGUUAUAUACAAAGGUAGCGAUUUUUCGAUUACGAGUCUAUACAUACACGUGCACGUAUAUUUUUAAAUCGCAUGCCCAUAUACACCCGCGCAACGAGCAUACACGUAAACAAAUUAUACGCUCGUUUCUCGUCGACGACGGAACGACGCUCGCGUUUCGUUCGUAAAUGAAAGACAGAGAGAGAGAGAGAGAGAGAGUGAAAAGAACAAAGGAAAAAUGACAUUCGACAACACGAAGAUGGGGGGAGAACAAAUAAUAUCGGUAAGAGAUUUUUGCUCAUUCGCGAUCUUGCUCGCGACAGCGAGUUCAGAACCCGAAAGCGAUCCAGACCGAAUCAGUGAGAAACUAGGAUUAAAAGGGAAAGUUUGAUCGGAUUUUAAUCGUGAAUACUAUUAUUCGCAUCUUCGUUUGUAUAAUUUUUAUUUUAUAUUUUUCUACGUUCCAUUUCUAGCUUAUCUACCGACAGAGUGGCUUUACCGGUUUAUCUUUAGUCCGCGAUUUUUACAUUUUCCUCCGCGUCUAGUGAUAACGUAUAAUAUUUUCAGCGCGGAAAGAAAAUCGAACCUAAGUAGUAUUUCAGAGAGUUGGACAGAAUCUUCGCUUCUAUUCCAAUUAUUAUUACGAAAACUCGAUCGUUGACAUCGUUCUUGAAAACGAUAUUGUUAAAAUUUUUAUUCGACGUAACGAUUCGAGCGGGCUUCGAGUGCCACUGAUUUAUCGUACGCGAUUAUCGCGUUGAAUAUAGUAUAUAUAUAUCGAGAGAGAGAGAGAAAAAAUUCUAUCCGACUCUGCUGGGCGUCUAACGUGUAUGUAUUUCUAUCCUCCCGUUGAAUUCUCCUCGCUUGUUCUAGGAUAUCUCGUUGCAUCGGAUACAUAUCUUUUUCUAUAAGUGUCGCGUUACAUAUAUGAACAUAUAUUAUACAUAUACAUAUAUUUUCUACGUACGGUUAAUAAUGAAUAUAUUUAUUGUCUCUAAGAUGCAGAAGUUUCUUCACGAUACUGUUUUUCUUGUCCGUGAACGCUCGUCGAACUUCUUGACGCUGCUUGGACACGCAUACACAGACAAACAAAAAACACUUACACACGAAUAAAUACACGCAAGGAAGAGAAAACGAAACGCAAAAAGUAACCAGCCUUCCGAAAAGGAUUAUUAUUCAUCGUUCGACUCGAAGAUACGUUCGGAUCGACGCGUGGCCGAUCGAUCUCUAGCGCAUCAUUCUCGAUCGCUUUAAAUUUAAUCGACAUGUUUUCCAACGCCGUAAAUAGCAGGUCGCUGUUGAAAAGAACGCGGAAGUUUCGGGUUGCCAAAGCGCCGUGGAUCGUUUCGCCUAGCGUCGGAUCCAUCGAUGUACAACGCCACUCUAAGGACGACGGGAUCCAAGGUACCAAGCAGUUUCAUGUUCAUCGCGUAAGCACGUUAAACUCAUUUAGGCGUUAAUCGAUUGAGAUCGACGAGGACGAGAGAAUGAACAAAAAAAAAUAUUGAAAAAACAAAAAACACGAAUGCAGCGCGUUCGAAUGAAAGGAGCGAGAGAGUGUGAGAGGGAGAGCGAAACGUGAUAAAAGAGAAAGAGAAAAUUAUCUCACUCGGUACCAAAAUGAAAAAGGGGAUCAACGUACGAACACCAAUUAGCUCUUAAAGGACGGUCUAUCGUCGCCAUUAUGAUACUGUUAAUUACACUUAGACUACUCUAAUUUUACCGUCGAAUUAUAUAUUGUAUAAUGUAUGCAUAGUAUCCUUCUGAGUAUUCGUCCUGCGGGCAAGAGAAUUAUUCUGACA